AUGCCAAGAGCAAACAAGCAGGCCCUCACACGCUGUGAUACACCAAACAAACAUGAUUUUAUACUGUAUAUGUGUAUAAGUAGGAGAACCUUUUUGGUAAAGUAAGCACACCAGUCUAUAGAACUUAAGAACUCAAGAACUCUCUAAGGCUAUGGUUAUGUCCCUUGUAGCUUUUGGUUUUCCUUCUGUUCUUUGUGUCAAGUCCCCAUGCUAGUUUCUUCUUUUUCCUCUUCUUCUCUUUUCAAUUUCAGUUUCCAUCUUGGUUGUUAAGAAGUGUGGCAAGCUGGUUGCAGAGUUCUUCAGUCUUUUCAACAUCCCACUCUGCAGCUUGGCCUAUCCUCUUUUUAAGGCCUGACUUGUCAACAUUUUUUUCCUUAAACAGAGCAUGCAAACCUAUCAUUGUCUUCGAAAUACCGAGUUAGCUCCUUCCACUAACUUUCAGCAGGAAUGUAAAGAUCUCAAAAUGGAGCCAAGUAUGGAUGUGAAUUCAGUCACUGUCUCUGUUGAAGGAAUGACAUGUAUUUCCUGUGUCCGGACCAUUGAACAGCAGAUUGGGAAAGUGAAUGGUGUCCAUCAUAUUAAAGUUUCACUAGAAGAAAAAUGUGCAACUAUUAUUUAUGACCCUAAACUUCAGACUCCAAAGACCCUCCAAGAAGCUAUCGAUGACAUGGGCUUUGAUGCUCUUCUCCACAAUGCUAAUCCUCUCCCUGUCUUAACCAAUAGAGUGUUUCUGACUGUUACUGCUCCACUGGCCCUGCCGUGGGACCAUAUCCAAAGUUCGUUGCGCAAGAUCAAGGGUGUGACUGAUGUUAAGGUUUCCCCUCAGCAGAGAACUGCAGUAGUGACCAUAAUCCCUUCUGUAGUGAGUGCCAGUCAGAUCGUGGAGCUGGUCCCAGACCUCAGUUUAGAUAUGGGAACUCAGGAGAAAAGGGCAGGAACUUGUGAUGAGCCCAGCAUGCCUCAGGCAGGGGAAGUCAUGCUGAAGAUGAAAGUGGAAGGGAUGACCUGCCAUUCAUGCACUAGCACCAUUGAAGGAAAAGUUGGCAAGCUGCAAGGUGUUCAGCGAAUUAAAGUGUCUCUAGACAACCAAGAAGCUACUAUUGUUUAUCAACCUCAUCUGAUCACAGCAGAGGAAAUAAAGAAGCAGAUUGAAGCUGUGGGCUUCCCAGCCUUUUUAAAAAAACAGCCCAAGUACCUCAAAUUGGGAGCCAUUGAUGUCGAGCGCCUGAAGAACACACAGGUCAAAUCUCCAGAAGGAUCACAGCAAAAGAGUCCAUCAAAUCCCAGUAAUUCAACUGCCACGUUUAUCAUAGAGGGCAUGCAUUGUAAAUCAUGUGUGUCAAAUAUUGAAAGUGCUUUAUCUACACUCCAGUAUGUAAGCAGUAUAGUAGUUUCUUUAGAGAAUAGGUCAGCCAUUGUAAAGUACAAUGCAAGCUCAGUCACUCCAGAAAUGCUGAGAAAAGCAAUAGAGGCUGUUUCACCAGGGCAAUACAGAGUUAGUAUUGCAAGUGAAGUUGAAAGUACUUCCAGCUCAUCUCUUCCGAAGAUGUCUUUGAACGUGGUUAGCCAGCCUCUGACCCAAGAAACAACGAUAAACAUUCAUGGCAUGACUUGUAAUUCUUGUGUGCAGUCGAUAGAGGGUGUCAUAUCAAAAAAGCCAGGUGUAAAAUCCAUCCAUGUAUCCCUCGCAAAUAGCACUGGAACUAUUGAAUAUGAUCCUCUAUUAACCUCUCCAGAAACUUUACUAGAAGCGAUUGAAGACAUGGGAUUUGAUGCUGUCUUGCCAGCAGACAUGCAAGAGCCUCUGGUAGUGAUAAGUCAGCCCUCACUGGAAACACCUCUUUUACCCUCAACUAAGGAGCCAGAAAAUGUGAUGACACCAGUUCAUAACAAGUGUUACAUACAGGUCUCUGGAAUGACUUGUGCUUCUUGUGUAGCAAAUAUUGAACGGAACUUAAGACGAGAAGAAGGAAUAUAUUCUGUUCUUGUGGCUCUAAUGGCUGGCAAGGCGGAAGUAAGAUAUAACCCAGCUGUUAUCCAACCCCCAGUGAUAGCAGAGUUUAUCCAAGAGCUUGGAUUUGGAGCCAUAGUGUUGGAAAAUGCUGGUGAAGGGGAUGGAAUUUUGGAACUUGUUGUAAGAGGAAUGACAUGUGCCUCCUGUGUCCAUAAAAUUGAGUCUACUCUCACAAAACACAAAGGGAUCUUCUACUGCUCUGUGGCCCUGGCCACUAACAAAGCACAUAUUAAGUAUGAUCCAGAAAUCAUCGGUCCCAGAGAUAUUAUCCAUACCAUUGGAAGCUUAGGUUUUGAAGCUUCUUUGGUCAAGAAAGAUCGGUCAGCCAGUCACUUAGAUCAUAAACGAGAAAUAAAACAAUGGAAAAGGUCUUUCCUUGUGAGCCUGUUUUUCUGUAUCCCUGUAAUGGGACUGAUGAUAUAUAUGAUGGUUAUGGAUCACCACCUUGCAACUCUUCAUCACAAUCAGAACAUGAGUAGUAAAGAAAGGAUCAACAUCCAUUCUUCUAUGUUUCUGGAGCAUCAGAUCUUGCCAGGACUGUCUAUUAUGAAUUUGUUGUCCCUUCUAUUGUGUCUACCUGUACAGUUUUGUGGAGGCUGGUACUUCUACAUUCAGGCUUACAAAGCUCUUAGACAUAAGACAGCAAAUAUGGAUGUGCUGAUUGUGCUGGCAACCACCAUUGCAUUUGCCUACUCCCUGGUUAUUCUUCUGGUUGCAAUGUAUGAGAGAGCCAAAGUGAAUCCUAUUACCUUCUUUGAUACACCUCCUAUGCUGUUCGUGUUUAUUGCACUAGGCCGAUGGUUGGAACAUAUAGCAAAGGGCAAAACUUCAGAGGCUCUUGCAAAGCUAAUUUCACUACAAGCGACAGAAGCAACUAUUGUAACACUUAACUCUGAAAAUCUCCUCCUGAGUGAGGAACAAGUGGAUGUGGAACUUGUACAACGUGGAGAUAUCAUUAAGGUUGUUCCGGGAGGGAAAUUUCCAGUGGAUGGCCGUGUUAUUGAAGGACAUUCUAUGGUAGAUGAGUCCCUUAUCACAGGGGAGGCAAUGCCUGUGGCUAAGAAACCUGGCAGCACAGUGAUCGCAGGUUCCAUUAACCAGAAUGGUUCUCUCCUCAUCCGAGCCACCCAUGUUGGAGCAGACACAACCCUUUCUCAAAUCGUCAAACUUGUAGAGGAGGCACAAACAUCAAAGGCUCCAAUCCAGCAGUUUGCAGACCGACUCAGUGGCUAUUUUGUUCCAUUUAUUGUCUUGGUUUCCAUUGCUACCCUCUUGGUGUGGAUUAUAAUUGGAUUUCAAAAUUUUGAAAUUGUGGAAGCCUACUUUCCCGGCUACAAUAAAAGCAUCUCCCGAACAGAAACCAUAAUACGCUUUGCUUUCCAAGCUUCUAUCACAGUUCUGUGUAUAGCAUGCCCCUGUUCCUUGGGACUAGCCACUCCAACUGCUGUGAUGGUGGGCACAGGAGUAGGUGCUCAGAAUGGCAUACUUAUAAAAGGUGGGGAGCCCCUGGAGAUGGCUCAUAAGGUGAAGGUAGUGGUAUUUGAUAAGACGGGAACCAUUACACAUGGAACUCCAGUAGUCAAUCAAGUAAAGGUUCUAGUGGAAAGUAACAAGAUAUCACGUAAUAAGAUCCUGGCCAUCGUUGGAACUGCAGAAAGUAACAGCGAACACCCUUUAGGAGCAGCCGUCACCAAAUAUUGCAAGCAGGAGCUGGACACUGAAACCUUGGGUACCUGUACAGAUUUCCAGGUUGUACCAGGCUGUGGUAUUAGCUGUAAAGUCACUAACAUUGAAGGUUUGCUACAUAAGAGUAACUUGAAGAUCGAAGAAAAUAACAUUAAAAAUGCAUCCCUGGUUCAGAUAGAUGCAAUUAAUGAACAGUCAUCAACAUCAUCUUCUAUGAUUAUUGAUGCUCAUCUCUCAAAUGCUGUUAAUACUCAGCAGUACAAAGUCCUCAUUGGUAACCGGGAAUGGAUGAUUAGAAAUGGUCUUGUCAUAAGUAAUGAUGUCGAUAAUUCCAUGAUUGAACAUGAAAGAAAAGGUCGGACUGCUGUAUUGGUGACAAUAGAUGAUGAGCUGUGUGGCUUGAUAGCCAUUGCUGAUACUGUGAAACCUGAGGCAGAGCUGGCUGUCCACAUUCUGAAAUCUAUGGGCUUAGAAGUAGUUCUAAUGACUGGAGACAACAGUAAAACAGCCCGAUCUAUUGCUUCUCAGGUUGGCAUUACUAAGGUGUUUGCUGAAGUUCUACCUUCCCAUAAAGUUGCUAAGGUGAAACAGCUUCAAGAGGAAGGAAAACGUGUAGCCAUGGUAGGAGAUGGAAUCAAUGAUUCUCCGGCUCUGGCAAUGGCAAAUGUGGGAAUUGCCAUUGGCACAGGCACAGAUGUAGCCAUUGAAGCAGCUGACGUGGUUUUGAUAAGGAAUGACCUUUUGGAUGUUGUGGCGAGUAUCGACUUGUCAAGGAAGACAGUCAAGAGGAUUCGAAUCAAUUUUGUCUUUGCUCUAAUUUAUAAUCUGGUUGGAAUUCCCAUUGCUGCUGGUGUUUUUCUGCCCAUCGGUUUGGUUUUGCAACCCUGGAUGGGAUCUGCAGCAAUGGCUGCGUCAUCGGUUUCUGUAGUACUUUCUUCCCUCUUCCUCAAACUUUACAGAAAACCGACGUACGAUAGUUAUGAGUUGCGUGCUCGGAGCCACCCAGGACAGAGGAGUCCUUCAGAAAUCAGCGUUCACGUUGGAUUAAAUGACGCCUCCAGAAAUUCUCCAAGACUGGGUUUGCUAGACCGGAUUGUCAAUUACAGCAGAGCCUCCAUAAACUCACUACUGUCGGACAAACGCUCCCUGAACAGUGUCGUUACUAGUGAACCUGACAAGCACUCACUUCUGGUGGGAGACUUCCAGGAAGACGACGACACCACAGUGUAAAAGGCCUCCGUGGAUGCUGCUAGUUGAAGUUCAUGUGCACUGACAUGGCACUUAUGUCGUUGUGGAAGGAUCUUAUGUCAGUUUCAUGCCCUUAUGUUCAGGAUUUUAUCUUAGUUAUAUUGGUUAAUACCUUUCGCAGGGCAGGAGCUCUGAAUCUGGCAUUAUCCAAAAUGAAUUCCAGCAGUUUUUGUUUUAAGGGAUGCAGAGGGUAGAGCAGCGAAUUUAAAACAAGCUCUAUAGUUAGAGGUUGGUAACUUGUUGGUAAUAGAGCAGACCAUUUUUUAAUUUGACCAAAACAACAACAACAACAACAAAAAAAUAAUAAAAUAAAAGUGCCCAAAGACAGGAUGAUUUAAAAAUGUGAAGAUUUGAGAGCACGACCUUGAAAAUUUUCUUGAGCCUCUGUCCUUGCCUCUUUGGGGAGCAACGGCUUUCAAAGCACUGUACAAAGCAUAUAGUUAAGAAGGAAAACAGUUGCAGCUGUUUCAAAAUAGAUGUGCCUUAUUUAUUGUAGGCUUGCUUUCACCUCAUAACGCCUGCGUCCUUGUCCUGUAGUUCCUAAGAGCCUCCAGGAUGGCUUUUACCACCUUCUUUCAAGUCAGCCAAGUUUUGGUGGUUUUUUUUCCUUGACUAAAAAUAACUGAAAGCAAUCACUUAGAAUGAGUCAGGAGAAUUAUAAGAUCAAAGCCAGUCUGGCCUGUACACACUGAGACUCUGUCUUGAAACCUUUUUGUAACUGAUGGCUCCUUUGAAAUCUUGCUCUUCUUCUUACGUUGUGUGGCUCAGAAGACAGGAAGGGUCUGAAGAGUUGUCUACUCUUCCGUUUCUCCAGUGUUGUCGAAAUUCUCAAUUCAGUUUCCCCAGGCCUGUGCCAGCUUUCAGUUCUCCUAUGGAGUCCAGCUUUGUUCAUAGUGGAGUCUGUCCAUCAGUCCCAGUCUAAAAACUUAACAGUUGAGCCUCUGUCACUGAAAAAGUCUUUUAUGAUUAAAACUAAUAUGUUAAAUAUUUAGGCAUAUAAAAGUACCUGGACUAACUAAAUUCAUCCUUUGGAAUACAAUCACUUGGCUGGUAUAUUAUAAUUUAAUAAAAUUUUAGUUACCUCUUCUGUUUUAAAUAACUUAUCAGAGUGACUAGGUGAUACCUUAUAGUUAAAUAUAUUUUCCUUUGUUUAAAACAUUUGUGCUUAUAAACAAACUCCAAGCCUUUUAUUUGCAUGCCACACUUAAAGCCAAUAGCACAAUCCCUAAGAUAGAUGAUUUAUCCUCCGAAAAUGUUCUUUUCUCCUUUUCUUUUUUUUUUUCUUUCUUUUCUCCUUUUCAAUUCAGUAUCAACUACAAAAGUCAUUUUUAUAUUAGCAAGUAUAACAUGAAAUGGAGAAUGGGGUUUUUCAAUUCUAUGCCCUUUCUGUCUUAUUCUUUCAUAUCCCACACCCAAAAUUGUUUAUGUUCGUCAACACUGUCUUUCUAAAUUUGGAAAAGACCUGAGUUCUAUCUUGGCUAUCUUAGAGAGGUGAAACUUUUGAUGAAGGUGCUAUUAAUUUGGAAAGGCAAACCUAUUUUAAUAGCGUAUUAGUGUAUACAUUUAAGCUCUAGUUUAAAUCACUAUCUAUGCCUCCUUAAGAGUUUGAGUUUGAGUAUUUGUUUCUUUGUUCUAGCAGCCCAUUUGAACAUAACUUGACUUCCAGAAGAAACAGCUAAUCCUAGAGAGUUAUAACAGGUUUUUUUCUUGUUCUGGAUCCAUAUUGAGAAUAGAAGUCCUCUGGCCCUCAGCCAAUUACUCCUUUUGUUCUGCAUGUGUUAAUUGAGUCCUCCCGUUGCCUCCACAUCAUGUCAUUACUCAAAAAGAACAUGUUUGAGAGAAGCAUUAUUCCGAGGAGAGGGCUCCCAUUUAGAGAAGGGAUCAAGCACAUUGCUUUCAGUUGGCCACUAGCUUUAAGUAAUGAGUUACUGCUGAGAACGGAUUUGGUGAGUGCAUGAUUAUAUAUGUGUGUGUGUGUACACACACACACACACACACACUCCAGAAAGAGAAAGAGAAAGAACACAUACAGAAUGAAAACGGAUUUCUAUUUGUGUCUGUUUUGAGGUUCUUUAUACUUUCUUUACCACUCUCCUGUACUCACUCAACAACCAUUCUCUCUGUCAAAAGGCACCAUGGAUACUUUGUUGUCCAGUGCUAAUUCAGAUUCAGCUAGGAGGCAAUUUUAACGUAAAUAUCCAAAGAUGCCUUUUGACUUUAAAGAUUAAAACGUAAAUAGACUAUUUGCUAUUGUAGUUUUAAAAGUAUAGUUGUCAGGUGUGAAAUAGAAUUGUUGCUUUUCCUACUUUAGUAUCAACAUUUUAGGAAGUUAAAUUUGAUGCCUUAUGAACAAAUAAUUUUAUAUUAUGCUUUAAUUUUUUUAAAAAUUAUUCUUCAUUCAAAUAUAGACAAUGCUUGAAAUAGCACUAUAGACAAGAUGUUUCCAAAACUGUGAGUGUGUCUAUCUUUUCUGUACACAGCUUAAAAUCAAAAAGGUAUAGUAGAGGAUUUUCCCAUUAGUUUUAGAUUCUGUUUUAAAGUUGUUUUUCUUAAUAUUUAUUUUACUCUACAUUGUUAUUUUCUUUGGAUGAGGCAUCUGGUUACAGGUUCUUUUUAAAUUAUUAUUAAAUACAUUCCUGAUAUCAUUCAUUUGGGUUAUUUUGUUUUCUGAAUUAAAAAAAAUAUUUCUUUACCAAAUAUAAAAAUGCAAAUUCAUACCAAAUUACCAACUUUUCACUGACUUUCUUAAGUCCUUUAGUUUGGUAUGAGUAACCAGAUAAAACACAAAGCAUGAAUUCUUAUUCGCAGUCCCAUGAGCUUCUUUUAUUGAUCUUGAGGAUAAAUGCCUUUUGGAGCCCGAACCAGGUGUCUCAACCUUUUGUUUUUAAAGAAAUGUUUAGCCUUGUAUUGUAAAACUUUGGUUAGAUCCAAAACAGGAGCGGACAACUUUGUGCAAUAUUUGUUUGCUGUGGUCUAGUUUGUUUUUUCUCAUGUGCAUGUAAUUGAUAUUUCUGCCAAAGAUGUGCCUUCAACUUUAUAAUUAUAGUGUUGUAAAAAAACAAAAACAAAACAAAACAAAAACCUGUUGUCAUGUCUCACUGUGUUAAAUCCUCCGGCCCCCUCUACCAACAGUUCCACACUAUGCUCAAAGUGUUGUUUGGGGUUCUUUGGCUGUUGUUUCAGUUGUAAACCCAUGCUAUACAAGGAUCAGAGGUAGUAGCACACAUUCAGGUAGGGGGACACAAAUCUAUUGUCCUUUAGGUCCUACUCACCAGCUGCUAUCACUUAGAACAAGAAACAAAGCAUUAUGCACGUUCUCUUCUUUGUAGUGUCUAAUAAAUUCUUGAUACAGUA